UGAAGGGCUGGGAUUAACUCAUCCAAGUAUGAGCUCUCGGUGCUCAUCAGGCUCCCCUGCCUCUUGAUCUUGUCAGGCCUGUUGCUCCCACCGUUCCUCGUCGCCGUGCGUCGUUCAAACAUCCUCCUCUUGCUGUUGCGUUUCCGUCAAGCAUUUUUCGAUGGUGGUUAAAAAUUGGAUUGGAGUUGAAUUGUGAAGGGCCUGUAAACAAGAUUCGAGUCACGCUAGGUGUGGUCUAUUAUAUUGAUUAAGUCUUAUAAUAGUGACAAGAAUUGGUCGGAGUUCUUUGCAAGCUGAUGCCUUGGUGGACAAAUUUCAGCAACACUUUUUGCUACUAUACACUCUUUUGUUGAAUACUUCAGGACAAGUAAUGAACCUGCACACCAACUGUUUGUUGAAAUUACUGUGAGAAACUUAGUGUUCUUUGUGCAUGCAAGUUUUACUCUUCAUAGCAGGUUUCACAUCGCCCUCAGCUUGGCAGGAUAAGGAACUGCACAAUAUGGGUCUUGUGAAUGUUCCUGCACUUCAAUUUACGAAUUCUGCAGUCUUCGGAGUUCAGUCAAAGCCUAUUGCUUUCUUUCAGUCGCUGAGUAGAACACUGGUUAUUGAAGCUAGGGCAAAUGCUAGAAAAGAAAGUGCCAAAAUCCGGAACAGGAGGAUGCAGAAAAAGUUUAAUGGAACGUCUAAAAGGCCAAGGCUUUCAGUAUUUUGCUCAGAGAAGCAGUUGUAUGCCAUGCUGGUGGAUGACCGAAACAAAGCGUGUUUGUUCUAUGGAAGCACAUUGCAGAAAUCUAUCCGACAAGAUACUCCUUGUACCACUAUUGAAGCUGCUCAACGUGUCGGGGAUGCUCUUGUCAAAGCUUGUAUUGAUUUCAACAUAAAUGAAAUAUCGUCCUACGAUCGCAACGGUUUUGCUCACGGAGAAAGGAUGCGAGCCUUUGAAAUUGCAAUAUCUAGUUUUGGAUUCUUGUCAGGAUAGAUCUGCAUGCAAUGCUGUAACUAUUGUUAAAAUAGCAAAAACCGGACUUAUCAUUAAAUCAUUCAAGGCACUAGUUAAAGAGUUAAUGAUAAAAAAUGUAGUUGAACAAGGCACUAGUUAAAGAGUUAAUGAUAAAAAAUGUAGUUGAACAGUGAUUAAACAAAGCAUUUUAUCAAAUCAGUUAAGGUUUUGAUUUAAUAAUUUGUCAAUUCAACUAAGUGAGUUGAUCUAGAUUUGCAUACUAUGAUUAUUGUAGAUUCUUUAUAGAAGAGAGACAAUCCAAUAAGGAUUUGUUGGAUCCAAAUGUAUGGACUCAAAUGAAAUGAUGCUAAUCUUAAAAUGGAUUUUUGAUGUUUGUUUAA